CUGCCAUGACGCGCGUGGACACGCGAAUCCCACCACAAACAGUAUCAAUCAAACCGCGUGCGAAAAGUGCCAAUUUCUGUAGAUUCUUCUCCGUAGUAGCGUUCGCAGGUUUAGCCGCUGUUGCCUACUUCAUUAUAAAGAGACCUGGUGACGCGUUAGGCGAUCCAUCUGACCAAUAUACUAUUAAAAAUAUUCCAAAAAUCUACACCAGAUUAGAAGGCGUUGAUCCUGAAGAAAGGGAUGUGUUCCAAGGGUUUCGUACGUCGUUCCUGCCACCCGAAGAGAUAGUGCUUGCACGUUCUAAUUCAAAAUCCAAACGAGAGAUCUAUGAGGGUAAUGUGACAAGUGAUAUCCUGAUAUGGGGUGCUUCGGACAAGCAGCAUGGAACACCGACUAGGGUGAAGCGAAUGAGCCAUUUUACUUUUACUUCUCAGGACUAUGAUCAAGAAGGCAUUCAUCGAAAGCGCAAGGACGAAGGCAGUGAAGAUGAUGAUGAAGACAAUGAAAGCGAAAGCGAAGCUGAAGAAGAAUACGAGACGGAGAAUACGGACCCUAGUGAUCAGUACGAUGAUGAUGAAGAUAGCAUUGAAAGCAUAGUUCGUCCGGAGAUGCACGUGGAUCGAGGCCCAUUAGACGAUGUGGUGGAACAGGUUCGUGGCCAGCCCGAACUGGAAGAAGCAGAGAUGAUUUCCUCAGCACACUUAUACAAACCGUCACAAUCUUACGCAGGUAUUCAUGCAUUCUGGAAGGGUCAAGGUGACAGGAAUCAGAUCAGAACUACACAGGCCAAUAUAAUGAAACAGUACAUGGACGCCCAAGCAGAUCCAUGUCACGAUUUUUAUCAAUAUGCCUGUGGGAACUGGGCUGCACUCAACCCGAUACCAGCUGAUAAAGCAGGAUACGAUACCUUUGAAAUGCUCAGAGAAAAUUUAGAUACAGUUUUGAAAGAUUUAUUAGAAUUUAAAAGUAGUGAUAAAGUGCCCUGCAAGUAUCCAGGAUCUAAUUUAGAUUUAGAAGAUAAUUUCUUAAUUAACAUGAAGCAUCAGCACAAGGAGCCGAAGGUGCCUUAUCAUCCAGAAUAUUUAGAUACAAUAGACACAUACCCAAAAGCUGUUGUGACUAACUCCUCAGAAGAUCAAUACCACUACACGGCUAGCGAAAAGGAAAAAAGGCAAAUAGUUAAUCGCAUUCGUAGAUAUUUAGAUAAAAAAACAAGGGAAGUAAUGAAACCAUUAUCAAAAAUGAAGAAAAAAUUCAAACAUUACAUGUCACAAAGUCGUAAAUUUAAAAAAGAAAGAGUAAAACGACUCGCAAAAAAUCCGAUCCAAGAACCUAAGACAAAAAUAUUAAGGAGAAAGUUUUUUAUUAAAACUAAACAAAUACGUUAUGGCCGAAGUUUGAUGUCAUACAAUACACGACAUAAAAUAAGAAAAUUAAGAGACACUACGAAAAAACCGAAAGAUACUACACCGUUACCAUGUCCGUUACCGUGUAAGACAUCAUAUCCGUUUCCAUAUCCGUUACCGUGUCCGUCACCUUGUCCGUCACCAUGCCCCCCAUGUAAGACACCAUGCCCCCCAUGUAAGUCACCAUGCCCCCCAUGUAAGUCACCGUGCCCCCCAUGUAAGCCACCAUGCCCCCCAUGUAAGUCACCAUGUCCGCCAUGUCCGUUACCAUGUCCAUUACCCUGUCCGCCAUGUCCGUCACCAUGCCCACCAUGUCCGUCACCAUGUCCGUCACCAUGCCCACCAUGUCCGGCAUCAUGCCCACCAUGUCCAUUACCAUAUCCAUUCCCAAUACCACCGUUACCAAAACCACAAAAGCCACCUGGCGACGCCGCAAUGAAAGCGAGAUUUCUAUUCAAGUCUUGUAUGAACUACGAGAUACUAGAAAAGCGUGGUCAUCAACCCCUGAUCGACUUACUGAACCUCCUCGGCGGUUGGCCAAUCCUGAAUCCUCUGUGGAAUGGAUCCUCAUUCGACUGGCUCGAGUUGAUGGCGAAGCUUAGGUUAUACAACAACGAUAUUCUCAUAUCGGAAUGGGUUGGACCUGAUAUUAAAAAUUCUGACGAAUUUGUUAUUCAAUUCGAUCAAACGAGCUUAGGGCUACCAACUAGGGAUUACUUUCUGCAAGAGUCAAAUAAAGUUUAUUUGGAUGCCUAUAAGAAUUACUUGAUGAAAAUUGCGAUAUUGCUUGGAGGGAAUAAAGCGCAUGUAAUGUACAGUGCUAAUCAACUGAUCGAAUUUGAGAUAAAAUUAGCUCGGAUUACCUCAGCUCCAGAAGACAGAAGGAAUGUUUCAGAGUUAUACCGAAGGAUGCCACUAUGCAAACUUGAGGAGCUGGUGCCCGAAGUGAAGUGGCGACGGUACCUGUCUGUGGUGAUGAACAGAACCGUACAGCCUAAUGAAACUGUUGUACUCUUCGCACUUUGUUAUGUUAGGCAUUUAGUUAAAUUGAUAAAUCAUACUGAUCCCAGCACUUUGGCAAAUUACCUGCUGUGGAGAUUCGUGAGACAUCGGGUCAACAACCUCGAUGACAGAUUUCAAUCCGCUAAACAACAAUUCUACUUCAUCUUAUUCGGUCGAGAGCAAGCUCCUCCGAGAUGGAAGAACUGUGUCUCACAAGUCAACUCCAACAUGGGGAUGGCUCUAGGAUCUAUGUUUGUAAGAAAAUACUUCGAUGAAAUGUCGAAAAACGACACACUCUAUAUGACGAGGGAAAUACAGCAGUCGUUUAGAGAACUCCUACAUAUGACAGAUUGGAUAGACGACAAAACAAAGAAACUAGCAGCACACAAAGUCGAUGCAAUGAUGCUUAGAAUAGGAUACCCAGACUUUAUUUUAAACAAGAAAGAACUAGACGAUAGAUAUAAAGAAGUGAAAAUACACCCGGAUAAGUAUUUUGAGAAUAUAUUGAAUAUACUUCAACAUCUUACGAAAAUGGAGCAAUCUCGUAUCGGUCAACCCGUAAACAAGACGCUAUGGAACACAGCACCAGCGGUAGUGAAUGCCUACUAUAGCCGAAAUAAGAACCAGAUCAUGUUCCCAGCUGGCAUCUUACAACCACCUUUCUAUCAUCGACACUUCCCCAGAUCUCUGAACUAUGGAGGAAUUGGAGUUGUUAUAGGCCACGAAAUAACCCACGGGUUCGACGACAAAGGCCGUCUGUUCGACUGUGACGGCAACCUGCACCGCUGGUGGUCAGACACCGCGAUAGAAUCCUUCCACAGACGAGCACAGUGCCUCAUAGAUCAGUACGGACAGUAUGUGGUGCCUGAAGUCAAUAUGAAGCUCGAUGGUGUUAAUACUCAGGGUGAGAACAUAGCCGACAACGGCGGUGUGAAGCAAGCGUUUCGCGCCUACUUGCACUGGGUGCAAAAACACGGCGUGGCGGGUGAAACUCUGCCGGGACUCAACCAUACACACACGCAACUAUUCUUCCUCAACUUCGCUCAGGUAUGGUGCGGUGCAAUGCGACCAGAAGCUAUGCGCAACAAGCUAAAGACAGCCGUCCACUCUCCGGGCAGAUUCCGAGUCAUCGGCACUCUGUCGAAUUCACACGACUUUGCGAGAGAAUUCCGAUGUCCUCCCGGGUCGCCUAUGAAUCCUACUCACAAGUGUACGGUUUGGUAAUAGUGUAUUGAAGCUCGUCAAGAGACUUCGUUAAAAAAAUAGAGAAGAAAAUAUACAUAUCUGAAGGGUCUCAUCGAGGUAUCAUCAGCGUUUUCUCCGUUUUUUAAUGUGUUCGUGAAAACUCACUGAACGAACUGUUUGCGUUUUUUAAACCCAAAUCAUCAUCAUUAAUUUAAGAGCCCAGCUCUUGUCGGUGCAGCUCCUUCCUUUUACACCUAUCUAGCGCAAACUCUUGAACUUCCUUAUACGUCACAACCUUCACCUUUUCUUUAAUUUGCUUGAUGUAGCUAUAUCUUGGACGACCCCUUCCUCUCUUUCCUUCGACCUUUCAAUAAACCCAUUAAACCCAAAUACUCAAUAAUAUUUAUGAGCUGUUAUUAUGAACUCUAGAAUAGCACCAAAGUCAAUUGUGAUAUUAAUAUUUUUAGCUAUUUGUAUUUUGUUACUGAACUUUAGUAUUAUUUAGUAGUUGUACGUUUUAUAGGUUUUACCUGUAUUUGUAAGCACUUUUAUGAGAAUAGGUUUUCGUAUUUGGA